AUGUCUAUUUCAGUGAAAGCAUAUUUGCAGACUGCCGACGACAGUCAAGAAAUUCGUCGAUUUGCUGUGGAUCAGGGUGCAUCCACAAGCUACGAGUACCUGUCUACGAAAAUAACACAGGUAUUCCCAUCUAUUGGAAGAUCAGAUUCAUUUACCCUCUCAUACAGAGAUAGAGAGGGAGACCUGAUUGCAUUCUCGAAUGACAAUGAAUUGUCGCACGCUCUUGGUCAACUCAGUGAAGAAAUCCUCAGAGUCUACGUUACACUGACUUGUGAAAAGAGCCACUGUGACGAUUCAAAAUAUUGUGAACAAUUGUUCAACCCUGAAGUAAUCUGCGGUGGCUGUGAAGUCCGAGACUGUGAACCUCGAUUUAAGUGCGUCGUGUGCCCUGACUAUUAUCUGUGUAAAGGGUGUGAAGAAAAGGGACUUCACCCAGAACACGAGAUGAUUCAGAAUCGUGAACUACAGAUUGGUCGUAGCCAUAAGGGGGUAUGUUGUAUUUUAUUAUGA